ACAUCCAUUCGUUGGAUGAGACAGCAGGAGUUGACGACGCCUCUUAGCUCACAUGAUUAAUAUGGAGCCCCCUGAAAAGUUUCUCACUUGCUUCGAGUUGUACCACUAGCUAAUAUCUCGGUUCCUGCUUAAUGUUAUUCCUUACUGUCCAAGACUGGUGAACGGUAGUUGGAAGUAAAUAGACGUUUUUGCUCUUAAAAGAAGACAUGUUGGUGAUAGCUAGCUACAGCUAGCUUUAGCGGCUAAUCAGCUAAAGGGGAAUGUGUGGCAACUAACUAGUGCAAUGGAACGCCCGAUUUGGAAUUCGUCGUGAUUUCCUACUGCGAGAAACACUUCUGAGUCAACUAGGACGAAGAUUAUAGCUAAUAUUGAUGUCUAAAACCAACCACUACAAACAGGGAACAGGUCUAAUUUGCCGUUUACGAUACUUAUUGCUAUUAAAGAAGUUGGGAUUGCUGCAAGCGACCUCGAGAGAAACCAAUUGGAGGUCCUUCUUUAUGAGGAAAAGAGCAGUCACCGACCCUGUUUAACGGAAGAGGGGUUUAAAAGUAAAAAGUAAACGAUAGAAGAAAGACCCCUGUGGAUCUCCUUGCUUUCCAUAGGCUACUGUGGUUAAACCAGUUGUAGGACAGACUCACUGUUUUUAACAGUGUGUCUAUACACCAGGAGGGUCCUCAUGCCUCCACCAACUAUGCAGUGAGGGUGAGCUGGCAGUGUGCCCCCUCUCACCAUGCUGGUUCUGGGCAUAGAGCAGGGGAAAGGUGGAGGGGGACGGGGCCGGGCUACUGUGGCCUGGCAGGCCCCAUCCUCAGUGAAGUCUCUAACCCAGGACCCAGGGAGGCCUACUGUGGCCUGGCAGGCCCCCUCAGGGAAGCCUCUAACCCAGGACCCAGGGAGGCCUAUUGUGGCCUGGCAGGCCCCCUCUGGGGAGCCUCUAAUCCAGGACCCAUCAAGGCCUACUCUGGCCUGGCAGGCCCCCUCAGGGAAGCCUCUAACCCAGGACCUAGGGAGGCCAGGCCUCAACAUCAGGCAGAAGAUUUCCCAGUGGGAAGGCCUCUGUCAACCAAACGGUGAUGGGCAAGCCGAAAGGGUCAAAGCGCAUGCACCAGUUGUAUCCCGAUCUCUUUCAGGGGAUGUCCUGGGUAAUGGAGUAUGUAGCGACAGUUUGGGAGGUGGACCUCACGGCAAAGCCAACCUCUCUAAAGCCAGAAGCCUGGGUUUGGAUUUCAGGGAAAACCUACAAGCACGGUGCGGACACAAGGGCAUUGGCAGAAAGUCGGAUGCCCCUCAGAAUCACUCCUAUUUCAGUAAGACUUCAACCACAACACCAGUGUCCAAGCCAUUCACAGCGCCUUCGCAAACUCUUACAACAGACACUACAGACAUCUUCCAAGUAGAAAGGAUCAUCCCCACCAAUGGUGAACUGAAGGUGGGUAAUGUGUUGGAAGUUAAGUGGACCAAACCCCUAUGUCUGUCAGUGGAUGACCAUGGAGAGAGCCUGCCACCAGGUAAUUUCUACACCUCAAGGGGCUUCUGGCGGAGGCUGGAGGGAGAUGUGUUGUUCUGGGAGAAGGGAAGAAAUACCUCAGCAGAGCCUCAGAGUGUUGUGGGUCCAGCGACUCGCCCUCCACCAAAACCACAACGGACAUUUCAGUAUCAGGGAGGGGACAGCACCCCAGCAAACUGGGUCCAAUGGGACAGCAGGAUUCCAUCUGCCAACCAAUCCAACACCAAGUGCAGUGGCAUAGCCCAAACACCUAGCUUCCCAGCACCCCUGUGUCCUGUCAGCCGUGGCAAUGUGUUUUCCAGACACAGAAAGAACAGGAAGUCCUUUGAGUUUGAGGAUGUGGUACAGUUGACAGCGCAGCAGGGUACACUGGGAAGUGGGGCCAGGCGCUCCGGCCUGUUCCACGCCUUCUCUGACGACAACAUUUAUGAGGACAUUAUCUCUGGACCCAGAGACAACCCAUAUGAGGAUGUCAAGCUGUCUCCUACUAUGUGUCUCCCCAUCAGGCGUCCCCGACCCUGGAACAUGGCACAGAGAGAGAGCCCUUGCACCCCAAAGCUCCCUCCCAAGCCUCUCACGUUGCGAGUGGAGAGGAAGGAAACACUGGCAGCGACACCACCCACCCCUACCUCCCCUACUGAAGCCCCACACAGAACUGCCUUUCCAAAGCGACCCACAACCACCCACAAAACAUACAGACUGCCUCAGUAUGUCAAUAAGAUUCAUGUGAUCUUUGACGCCAAGCGAGGGCGAAAGAGAGUGAAGAGCCAGGCACAGGGCGGUUCAGCUCGAGAGGAGACCAGUGGAACUGAGAGUGACCCAGAGGACAACACUAAUGAUUUUUUACUGUCUCCACUAGGAGGGUCGAGACGCUCGGUCUAUGUCCAGUCCACGCUGAAGCGGAGGCCAGGCUACCGCACCCUGGAGAGGGACCUGAUCCAACUCCAGCAACAGCAACUCUUCCAGCUCUUUGUGGUUGUGUCACUCAGAAAGAGUUUCCCGGGAAACACCUACGCCCCUGAGAUCACGCAACAGUUUCCCAACAAGUUUGCGAAGUCUUCUCGUCACUCCCGUGAAGCUGAAGAUCGGCUGAAGGCCAUCCCCAAGUUUUGCUUCCCAGACUCUCAGGACUGGCGGCCAUCUGGAGACCUGCCCAGUGAAACUUUCUCUUUUGUCUUGACGGGAGAGGAUGGCAGCCGUUGGUUUUGUUACUGUCGUAAGAUCCUGCCCUGUGGAAAGGGGAAGAGACUGCCUGAAGUUCACUGUAUUGUAAGCAGACUGGGCUGCUUCAACCUGUUUGCUAAGAUCUUGGAGGAGGUAGAGAGGCGCAGGGAGAUCUGUCCUGCCCUGGUGUCCCCCUUCAUGCGUAGCGUCAUGGAGGCUCCUUUCCCUGCCCCUGGACGCACCAUCACAGUCAAGAGCUUCCUCCCAGGCUCAGGAAAUGAGGUGCUGACUCUGUGCCGGCCGGUGGACUCGAGGCUGGAGCACGUGGACUUUGAGAGCCUGCUGCAGUGCCUGAGCGUUGGGAGACUCCUGCAGGUGUUUGCCUCUCUACUACUGGAGAGGAGGGUCAUCUUUAUCGCUAACAAACUCAGUGUGCUGUCUCGUUGUGGCCAUGCUGCGCUGGCGCUGCUCUACCCGUUCACAUGGCAGCAUACUUUUGUGCCUGUGCUACCCGCCAGCAUGCUGGACAUCAGCUGCUCUCCCACUCCCUUUCUCAUGGGGGCGCUGGCGCCCUGCUUGCCUGAGCUGCUGGAGCUGCCCAUAGAGGAGGUGCUUAUUGUAGAUUUAUGCGCAGACAAGUUUGUCAAACAGCUUGGUGAUGAGGACUGUAUCUUGCCCAGUAAGCUUCAGGCUGCACUGCAGCAGAUCCUGGAGGAGAGAGGGCAGAUACUACGGCAAGACGGAGACUGCACAGGCCAGCAGUGUGAGCUGAGCUCCCUGGUGUCGGAGGCCUUUGUGCAUUUCUUCGUGGAGCUAGUGGGCCACUAUUCCCUCCACAUGGGCGUCAGCGGGACCCGGGAGCUGCAGAGGGAGAGCUUCUGUAAGUCCCACCCCUCCCGUGGGGCCCGCCAGUUCCUGCAGCUCUUCAUGGACACGCAGAUGUUCUCCGGCUUCAUCCACGACAAAGAGUUGCGCAAGGGAGGGGGCAAAGGGCUUUUUGAAGUUAGAGCUGCAGAAUAUUUGGCUUCAAACCCGGAGUCUGAAUCUAGCGGGUUCCUCAAGGGACUCAAGGGAAUUGGGAUGAAAUUCCUACAGAAGAAGUGACAGACAGUCAGCAGUCUGGUUGAAAAUGCUUCUGUAAGAGAGGAUGAGAGCCAUCUGCCAGAUUGGCCGAGACACAUGUGCUAUGAUGUUACAGCUAUAUAGAUAUGUACAUGACUCGACCAGGACAUAACGGUGUUGGGCACAGAGGUCCACAGUCCUAGAUAGAGAGCUCUCUGCUUGAGACAUAACCAGUCUCUUCGUAUUGCCCUGAAUGCAUUCCAAGCCAGAGUGAAGUGCAAUUGUAAUUGGAGGAAAACUGGAAAUGUGCAUUUAUGACCGAACAAACUUCGAUGAAGACUUUUGAGAUGUCAGAGGAAAGGCAGGAGCAAACACUAUGUACUUGUGAAAUCUACACAAAACAUUUCAGCUACAGGACUCGGUAUUAACUUAACAGAUGUUGUGCCAUGAUAAACUAACCCACGCGUUUUUGUGUUUUUGCUAGUAUUUUUUUAAUGUUCGUUUUAGCCAAGUCUUAAGUGUUUGGUCUCCAUAUUAUGGAUAUAAUGUUAUUUUUAAGUUUAGUUUUGAACUCGUGUCUAGUGGAAAUUAAUAAGUAAGGCUACUCUUGAUACCCUUCUGCACUCUGCUACAGAACAAUGUAAGAAUAAUGAUUUUUAUUAUGUGCAUGAUUGUUACUUUAAAUAUGGCAUGACAUAUUUAAAAAAACAAAAAAAAACAAAUUGAGGUUAAUGUAUGUUGUCUCUGACAUUUUGAUGGCCUUGACAAAUCUUCCAAGUAAUGUUUGGAUCAUUAGGAUAAUACAUUACAAUUCACAUUUCUCACCGAUUUUGAAUUUUGUAAAGCUUAUUCUGUAACUAAAUAUUUUGUUUACAAUAUUUUAGCUACUUUUCAUGCAUAUUUUUGCAUUUUGAACUUAAAUUGAGAUUGUAUGAGCCUGUUUGGAUACCCUUUCCUCAGUCAUUUGAUAAGACAGGUGAAAGCACAUAUUGAACUGGACCACCUUGACUAAGGAUGUGAUUUUGAAGGAUCAGAACUGAGUCUUAAUCUCAUGUAUCCAACAUUCCAAUGCACAAAGUUUGCUAAAAACGUUUUUGAUGUUCUCAUGUGGGUUUUAAAAAGUCACAACUAGAGACCAGAAACUAACUAGUCACACCUCCUUCCUAUUGACUGGAGUUGCAUACUUAGUACCUUCAGAAAGUAUUCACACCCCUUGACAUUUUUCACAUUUUGUGUUACAGCCUUAAUUUUAAAUGGAUUAAACUG